CUGUCACUACACUACUGUGCUCUGCUAGCUAAAUGUAAAUUUAUAGGUAAAAUAGGAUAGUAACAACGGCCUGUCGAAGUUUACAUAAAAGUGAUUGAACAAUUUUAUUAUACUUCAGUAUUAAUAAACUGUUUGUCUCGUCAUUGUGUGAUUUAAGUGGAAAUGUGCCAAGUUAUUAAACUGUUAGCUAUAAUUAGGACCUAACCUAACUAUAAUUUGGACUUAAUUAAUUACUAAAGUUUUACAUAUUCAGUGCAAAUAAUUAUUUUUUAAAUGUGGCUCAUAUUAUGGCAUUUGAAAUUUUGUAUUUUUUUAACUAGGCCUAUUAUAACUAUUCUGUACUAGAACAAUCUUGUUGAAUUGUUUGGAUUUAAACUUGUUGUCAGCAAACUCUUACAGUCAUGAAUUUAGGAGGUACUGUCCAUCUAAACAGGAUGGGCAUUUGUGUUGUAUUUUUUUGUUUUCUCAUUGUAGCUUUAUACAUGACGAGAGAUGUUCAUGAAGAAGAACCAAAAAAACUACCAUCGUACAAUGUAAAACAAUUGUUGAUAGCUGCCAUAGAACUUGCAGAGAAAGGUGGAGUCGAGGUAUUCAAUGUUAGAAAAAGUGCUGAUUUGAAAAUACAAAGUAAAGGUAAAACCUUAGAAGGAGCAAAUAACCCAGUAACUGAUGCUGAUUAUCAUUCACAUUGUGUAAUGUAUUUUGGAUUGAAAAAGCUUUUUCCUUUAGUGAAGAUUAUUUCAGAAGAAGAAGUUUUGGAAUCAAAAUGUGGCCAAUUGUCUUCCCCGUCUCUUACAAUGAAGGUGGAACCUAAUGGUAACAUAGACAAUUUAAUAGACGAAGAACUUCCAAUAAAAGAUUUGACUAUUUGGAUCGAUCCCUUAGAUGCUACUCAAGAAUUCACAGAAAACCUACUGGAGUACGUGACGACACUGAUUUGUGUGGCAUACAAAGGUCGUCCAUUGGUGGGAGUCGUGCAUCGGCCUUUUGCCCAAGAGAAGACAACCUCAUGGGCGUGGGUCGGUCGUGGAAUGUCAUCUGACCUUGCAUCUUAUCAAAAUGUGGAGAGUUCUCCUACAGUGGUGGUUUCCCGUUCACAUUCUGGCUCCAUAGAGGACAUUGUGCACAAAGCUCUUGGCACCGACACUCCGAUAGUCAAGGCAGGAGGAGCUGGAUACAAAGUGCUCCAAGUCGUCAGUGGCAACGCUAGCGCCUACGUCCACGCAACGGCCAUUAAAAAGUGGGACAUAUGUGCGGGAAAUGCAAUACUGUCGGCAGUGGGAGGCGCUAUGACCACACUCACUAAUGAGGAAAUAGACUACUCUCCGCCCAAAGGACCUCUGAACAGGGACGGACUGCUGGCUACCCGACACGACCAUUCUCAGUACGCCUUGCGCUUCCACCAGGCGUUGCAAAGAGACAUGCACCUGUAAACUGCAGCGAGGCAAUUUGAUUGCUCUGGUUGAUCAAAGUGUUCGGAUGGAUAGUUUAUUGAAUUUGGUAUUUCCCUGUACCUGCUUAGCAGCUGAACUGUAUUCUAUCGAUUGUGAUGGACAUUGUGAAGCUACAGGAACUGAACACUUUGAAUUUUGAAUGCAUUAGUGAAUUACAGGGGACUUCUAGGGGUUUGGCGUAUUAAAAUCUAUGGAAAUUUUCUUUUUUACAAUACAAGUUUUUUAGACUAGGAUAGGAAAAAGAACAGAACAAAUUAGAAAUAUAUAACCCACAACUUGUUCACAUUGUUUAAAAAGAAGCUAGUACCGGUAAGUACCGGUGCAAUAUAGUUAUUUUCCAAAUUUUGCUAAGAAUAUUUUCUAAUGCAGUGUAAAAUAUUUCAACUACUUUACAAAAAAUAUAUAUAUAAAACUCAGCAAAACGUCCUGCAACACAAUAAUUAACAUUUACUAUCCUAGGAGAUCCCUCAAAAGAUUUACAAAAUUAAAUGCUUAAGAAAUUUUUUAUUUUGCAAUUUCCAAUGCACAGGAUGGUCAUCAUAGUCUUAAGUCGACAAAAUGUUUAGCAGUCAGAGUAAAAUUUAUAGCACAAACUUUAGGCUAUCAACACUAAAUUUAAUUUUAAUUAAUUAAUUGUUGAGUUUGUCGUUCUGGUUGUGAGGACAGUUUCUAAAACAAUAAGUCUGGCUGAAAUGCAAUCUUUUAGGUUAUAUUUUUAAAUUUCAAUGCAAAGUUAAUUUAAACAAUUUCAGAUGGUGUUUUAAAGUAACAACAAUUAACUUUCUCUGAUUAUUACCAUUAAAUCCAAUUAACUGUGGGUAAACCGAAUUGUAAAAAUUUAAAAUGACACAGUUCCAAGUAAUCGGUUAUCAUGGGGUUUUUUACCAUUCAAAUAUGCUGUUCACUUCAUCUAGUAUUCCACUCAAGUUUCACAAUAGGCACUUACUUAUCUGUAUUAUUUUUAUCUAACUAACUCAUAAUGUUUAAGGUGGUAAACCUUAGAAUUUUUCCCAGUUUAGAAGUCAAUUACGCCUGCUGUAAAUAUUGUAAAAAUUGAAGCAUCAAGUAACAGUAACAUAAAACUAAAAUACAAAUGUUUUUUUUCAAAUUUAAGUAGGCUAUCCCUAGAAAACUAGUCUUCCACUUUUGAUUUGAAUUAGUUUUUUUUCUUCACAGAAAAUAAGGAUUGUUACUUGCAGUUGCAGACUCAUAAAUAAAUAAUAUAUGAACCUGGUAUGCUAUACCGAGUAGUUUUAUACUUGUAAAUAAUUGUUACUAGGAUUAAGUUUAAUGAGACAUUUUACCAAGUAGGCUAAGUUGUAAAUAACAAUUGAAGUGUUACGUCUUUUAAUGUUGUAUGUAAACCGUUAAAAUUGUCUUAAGCUUUUCAAUUUAAAAAGUUAUAAUUGCAAAUAAAAAUAAAUGGGCUGCCAUGCUCAGGGCUAAUUUUAAACUUGUCUUAAAAAAGGUUUUGGGUUUUUGUUAUGAAGUUUGUGUGAUUUUGUUUUUUAUAGUUUAUUUCAUAAUUUAAGUUACGAGUAGUAUUACUAUGGUGCUUUAUUAAUUUAAUUACAUGAACAAAGACAUAAAUCCUUCAAAUCAAGCUUUCUAGGAAAAUAAUCUUGAAUAACCAAAGCAUUUUCUCCUAUUUCAAAUUCAAGUAAUAUGGUAUUCAAGAAAUAUGUAAAUUUGUGUUAUUUUUUAUUUGUGGACCCAAUUUCAAGAACUAUUUUAAUCAGAGUUUACCUUAAUAGUUGUUUCAGUUCUUGAAUGCAGAUUGAGAUCCAUGCACAUUUUGCUGUGCGGUGAAUGAUUUUUGAUUUUCAGGGUCUUCUCGUUUUUAUUGGUAUAAGAAGACCUUGGAGAUGCACUAAACCAACGGUGAAAUGUACAUGGAUCUCAUCUACAAUCUAGAACUAUGACAACCAUUAAGGUAUAUUCAAUUGUAAACUAUGUAGGUUUCAGAAUACUGUUCAAAAAUGCAAUCAGAUUCUUCAAAUUAAAUAUUUUUUAUUAUUAAAACUUGAGCGUUCACCUUGUGUGUUGUGAUUGGGCUGAUACUUAAAAUUAUAAAAAGUUAGAUGAAUUAUAAGUUAAAAUUGUAAAUUCCUUGCUAUUGCAAAUUGCUUUUGUUGAUUUGUUCCUAAUAAAUUGUUUAAAUAUCAUGUUA